CAAGGUGUAUGAAGUGUAGGAGUAAGAAAUACAAAUUAUUUUUCGUUUACGCCUAUAUCCCAGCUUCUUUACGCUGAAAGUUUUUCUGUCAAAUAAAUAUUUUCGACGUAAGGAAGCUAGAGUUUAAAUGUAUAUAUAGAUGAAAUAAAUUAAUUUUAUUUCUUACUGUUAUUUUUCUUAGGCUAAGUUUACUCCACGUACUGUAGACGAAACUUCAAGCUUAGGGCUUAAAAGAUUUAUUGUAAAAUGGGAUUAAUGCAAUUGUCGUUUCAUGGCGAUAUUUAUCAACAUUCUUCUUAUCUGUUUAAUAAUGUUUCGACAAUUUGAACAUUGGAAGUUUACACACUGUCAAGUUCGUGGCUUUCGUGGACAACAAUCUAACCUAACCCUAAUCUUAAGUUUCAAACUGAGAAUUGCAGCCCUUUAAAUAACGGACAUUAUUGUGCAAGUGCUGCGUUUUCAGCAAUUAUUUAAUAGUGAAAGAUCAUCAACAACAAUCAGAAAACUGUUGUGAGUAGUAGUUAUAUAGAAGCUAUAGGUUCCAUGGCAUUUCCACUAAAUGAUCAGGUCUACACGAAGUCCUUUACUCCCAGGGAGUAUCAGGUAGAACUCCUUUAUGCGGCCAAAGAAAGGAAUUUAAUUGUUUGUUUGGGAAAGAAUUCUGAGCAAACUUUUAUUGUUAUAAAAUUGAUUCAAGAGUUUGCUACUAAUAAUAGAAGAUUAGUAAGUGAUGGUGGAAAACGGGCAAUAUAUAUAUUAAACAAUGAAGAAAAAUGUGUAACAAAAGCAACUUAUAUAAAGCAAUUAACAGAUCUGAAAGUAUUAACAUGUGAUUCUAUAUCUAACGAAUUUGCUGAAAGUCUUGAAAGUUCUCAUGUAUUGGUUGGAACUCCAAAAGUCUACACACAGUUAAUAUCAGAAGAGAAACUUUCACCAUGUCAUAUAAAUCUAGUCAUAGUAGACGAGUGCCAUAAGUCUAAUGAAGACAGCGAUUUAAAGUUUAUUCUUAAAACUUUUUUAUCAGUCAAUAAUGUUCCUAGAAUUAUUGGGUUGGCGGUACCUUUAUUUAAUUUGACGGAGGAACCUGGAAGAUUGGGCCUAGAAAUAGAGAAAGUAGAGGCUACAUUUAAAUGUGGUGUGGAAACCACAAAUGAUAUUCUUUCAAUAAUACGUUAUAGUCCAAAACCGAGAGAAUAUGUGGUUGAAUAUGCUAGAGGAGAGAAGGGAGAUUUAUAUCAUAUGCUGGAGAGUUUGGUGCUACACGCCACUGAAUUUUUACAUGAUCAUCGCUAUGAUCCUACUGAGAUUUAUAAUGAGGAAUUUUUUGAAGAUAUUCAGAAAAUUCCUGAUCCAAGAGAAAAGCCUUUGGAGCUGAUGCAGGACUUUUUGCACAUAUUGGAGACUCUUGGCCCAUGGUGUGCAGAUCGUGCUGCCUUGGCGUUGUUAAUUUUAACAGAAAAAUUGAAAAUCAAAACUCCUUAUGAAAGGCAUUAUCUUCUAUUAAAUAUGGUAGCAUCUGUUUUCAUAAAAAUUCGUGCUAUUUGUGAUAAUAUAUUUCAACAUUUAUCUGAAAAAGAAAGGAUAUAUCAGUACAGUACUCCAAAAGUUCAUCGAUUGUUACAAAUCUUAAAAACUUAUACUCCUUUUUAUACUAAAGAAAACAAUACUCCUGAGAAGAAAAUGGAUACUGAUAUUAAUUCAAAGAAUUGUUUUGCAAAAAACGACAAGGACGUUACUAUUUCGAAAACUCAGGACAAAUCGGUGCAGCCAAGAAAGUUUUGGGGUAAUUGGAAAACAAAUGAUGAUAAUUAUAAAAAGACAUCCAAGUCACGUUAUCUGUGCGGCAGUACGGAUCCUGAUUUACUUUGCGGAGUAAUUUUCGUGGAUAAAGGGUUCACAGCUAAAGUUUUAUUUUAUUUAUUAAAUGAAAUAUAUAAGCACGAUGAAGAUUUGCAAUUUUUAUCACCUCUUUAUACAAUCGAAAAGACUACUGACGACGUUGGCUAUUCAAGAGAUUUAGAAAUGGAACAUAGGAAGCAGGAAGAAGUUUUAAAGCGAUUCAGGAUUCACGAAUGUAAUUUAUUGAUCGCAACUUCAAUCUUGGAGGAAGGCAUUGACAUUCCAAAAUGUAAUUUUGUAAUGAGAUACGACUUCCCUAAGAAUUAUCAGUCGUACGUACAAUGCAAGAGCAGGGCAAGGGCUAUAGAUGCCUUGCACGUAUUAUUAGUACCUCAAGAAAUAUCUAAAGAACUGAUAUGGCAAUUAGCACAAUAUCAAUAUAUAGAAAAGACUUUAUUAUUAAAGUGUUCUAAUAAAGAACUAACCGAGGAAGAAGAGAGUGAGGCGGAUAUGUAUGCCGCGAUGAUACCGCAUUAUAAACCGCUCGAUGGCGAUGAUGCUCCCAAAGUCACUUUUAAUUCCGCUAUUUCGUUGGUGAAUAGAUAUUGUGCAAAGCUACCUAGCGACACAUUCACGAGAUUAACACCAGAAUGGUUGAUUGAAACAGUUAAUAUCAACGAUACAACGAUGUAUACUUGUUCUUUGCGACUUCCCAUAAAUUCACCAGUGAAAUAUGUAGUUUCGUCAUAUCCAAUGCCAAACAGAGCGAUGGCCAGACGUAUGGCUGCCUUGCAAUUGUGCAUCGACCUACAUCGAGAAAAUGAGAUAGAUGAUAAUUUGUUACCUAUCGGGAAAGAGAACUUCAAAGCGAAGCCUGAAGAUGCUGAAGUGCCUGCUUUACCGGACGAAAGCAGGGCUGAUUUUUCAGAAGCUAGACCUGGCACAACAAAACGAAGACAAUAUUAUUAUAAAAAGACAGCUGAAGCAUUGACAGAUUGUAGGCCAAUAGUUGGAGUGCCGUCUUAUUUGUAUCAUAUUAAUAUGGUAUUAAGUUGUCCUCUACCAGAGGAACAAAAUACACGUGGUAGACGUAUUUAUCCUCCCGAAGAAUCAGCCAUUGGAUUUGGCAUACUCACAUUGAAGGAGAUACCAAAGUUGUGUCCGUUUCCUAUUUACACUAGAUCGGGCGAGGUUCACGUGCAAUUGAAACUUAGUAAACAGACUGUAAUUUUAGACGAGGUUCAGAUAGAAAGAGUCACCACUUUCCUCAAUUAUACUUUCACAAACGUCUUGAGAUUGCAGAAAUAUUUAAUGCUCUUUGAUCCGAAUGCUUCGGAAAACUCUUAUAUAAUUGUACCAGUUAAAAUUGUUGCAAUAGACGAAGGAUCAGACAUUAGAGUAGAUUGGGAUUUUUUAGAAUGCAUUUACCAGAAUCGAAACGCGGUGCCAACCAAGGUACCAGAAGAAGUUAGACAAAAAUUUAAGUUCGAUCCAUCGAAAUAUUACGAUGCUGUGAUCAUGCCGUGGUACAGAAGUCAAGACCAACCACAGUAUUUUUAUGUAGCAGAAAUAUGCACAAAUUUAACUCCGAAAUCUUCUUUCCCUGGAGAUGAUUAUAGUACUUUCGAAGAAUACUAUUUGAAAAAAUACGAUAUACAAAUACAAAAUCUCGAGCAAUCGUUAUUAGACGUGGAUCAUACCUCGGCUAGGUUAAACUUUUUAACUCCUAGAUAUGUUAAUCGUAAAGGUGUCGCGUUGCCUACGAGUAGUGAAGAGACAAAACGCGCGAAAAGAGAAAAUUUAGAGCAGAAGCAGAUUCUUGUUGCUGAAUUAUGUGCCAUUCAUCCUUUUCCAGCUUCCUUGUGGAGGCAAGCAGUUUGCUUACCUUGCAUAUUGUAUAGAAUUAAUGCUUUGUUGUUAGCCAAUCAGAUACGAUGUCAAGUCGCACAAAUGAUAAAUUUAGGGCAACAGAAUCUAAACUCAGAUUUCGAGUGGUCAGCGUUAGAUUUUGGAUGGAGUUUAGCAGAAGUGUUAAAAAAGUCUAAGGAAACGGAGAAAGCAAAACAGAUGAAAAAUGAAAAUGCACUAAACAAUUGCAAUGUGAUCUCCGAUAAGUGCCAAAGCUUAUGCUAUCAAGAUUAUACAUCCUGCAGUGAAAUCGAGAAAAUAUCGGAAUUGGAGUCGUCCGACAAUACGAAAACUGAUGAAGCGGAGGAGGAGAGUGCCGACGAGAAGAAUGACGAAUUGGAAAUCGGCACAUGGUCAAACGACAUGGCAAUGAACUCUAUGGAUUUCGAUACGGACAAUCUGAAGCCGUUUCCCUUGAGCUUGACGGUCUUGCCGCAGAAUUUCAGUUGGAACGACGUUCGAUAUGGCUCACCAGCGUGCGAAUCUGAUUUUGAUGGAUAUGAGUCGGACGAUACGUAUAGUGACGGCUUUGCGGACAUGUCUGACGAGAGCGAGGACGAAAGUAGAGGUCUAAAAAUCUCUUACAUGGGUGAGAAUAUCGCCGAAGCUGUGGAGGAUGAGAAAGAGAUAUGCAAGCAAGAGAUCAAUAAGAAAAUUUUGGAUCUCUUAGAGACCGAGAAGAAUUCUGACAAUAAUCUCUGGGUAUAUGCAGAAAAGGAAGAUGAGUUAUUGCUGAAAAAGCACAAGCAAGCGCAUUUUGAGUUCGCCAAGCAGAAGGAGCACGAUAUAAUGUAUGAUGGUACAUUUAUAUCUUAUGAUUCUGAAAUUGUGAUCAAGAGAAAGAAUUCGCUAAGUUACUCGACCGUUGAAGAACGAUCAGAUUAUAAGCAUAAGGAUUAUAUUGAGACCGUUGUAGAGAAAUUUAUCGACGAAGUAUUAAACAAAAGUCCCACUAAGUCUAUUGAAACAGUGAAGAAAGAAACUCAUAAGCUAGAGAAAACGAAUUACUUAGAUAGCGAUCUUUUUAGUUUUGAUUACCAACCAGAAUUAAAGGGUCACCCAGGACCGAGUCCUAGUUUAAUUUUACAAGCUUUAACAAUGUCCAACGCGAACGACGGCAUUAAUUUAGAACGUCUGGAGACGAUCGGUGAUUCAUUCCUCAAAUACGCUAUAACCACGUACUUGUAUUGCACGUAUGACAAUAUUCACGAAGGAAAGCUUAGUCAUUUAAGAUCAAAGCAGGUUAGCAAUUUAAAUCUGUACAGACUCGGGAGGCAGAAGAUGCUUGGCGAGAGUAUGAUAGCGACUAAAUUUGAGCCACAUGACAAUUGGCUGCCUCCUUGUUAUUACGUUCCCAAAGAACUUGAGCAAGCGCUCAUCGAGUCGGGCGUUCCGUUCGCCCUGUGGAAUCAAGCCGACAUUCCUACUUUGCAAGCUGUGAAUCCCACCGAGAUCAAUCAACUCGUUAAAGAGACUGAAGAGAAACUUGUGAUCAUGAAAAGUGAAUUAGAUAAGAACGAGAGUAGACUGUCGACCAAUUUAGACAAUAUGCGGUGCUUCAUACCGUACAAUCUGAUCACGCAGCAUAGUAUCCCGGAUAAGAGUAUCGCGGACUGCGUGGAAGCUUUAAUAGGAGCGUAUUUAAUUGCAUGCGGACCACGUGGAGCGCUUCUCUUUAUGGCCUGGUUAGGGAUUCACGUUCUGCCUACUGAGGAGGUUCACAUAGCGAACGAAGGCGAGCCAGAGAGGAUAUGUGGUAGUACGCCGUACAUAAAGGGAACCAACGAAGGCGGAGAAACCACGUGGACGCAAAUUUGUUAUGGCAAGUUGGAGGAGCCGCAAAAUCCGUUGCUUCGAUACAUUCCUGAUCCAGAAGGCGAGUUGCAUAUGAUGCUCGAUGGGUACGAAGAAUUAGAAAAAAGUAUAGGAUACAAAUUUCGCGAUAGUAGUUAUCUUUUGCAGGCAUUUACGCAUGCCUCUUAUCAGCCGAAUAGAUUGACGGAUUGUUAUCAGCGUUUGGAAUUUCUCGGCGAUGCCGUGCUAGAUUAUUUGAUAACCAGACACUUGUACGAGGAUUCUCGACAACAUUCGCCAGGUGCAUUAACAGAUUUAAGAUCUGCUUUAGUUAAUAACACAAUAUUCGCUUCUCUGGCCGUGAGGUGCGGCUUUCAUAAGUAUUUCCGCCAUCUUUCUCCAGGGUUAAGCGUGGUGAUAAAUCGCUUCGUCAGAAUACAAGAGGAAAACGGACAUUCCAUCAGUGAGGAAUAUUAUCUGAUCGGCAAAGAAGAAUGUGAGGAAGCCGAGGACGUGGAAGUACCGAAGGCUUUGGGUGAUGUUUUUGAAUCGUUAGCCGGUGCCAUCUAUUUAGAUAGCGGAAUGUCUCUCGAUGCGGUGUGGAGCGUUUAUUAUACGAUAAUGAAAUCUGAAAUCGAACAAUUUAGCACAAAUGUUCCCAAGUCACCAAUCCGCGAAUUAUUGGAACUGGAACCUGAAACAGCGAAGUUCGGCAAGCCUGAGAAGCUAGCUGAUGGUCGUAGAGUCAGAGUGAUUGUAGAUGUAUUCGGUAAAGGCUCGUUCAAAGGAAUCGGGCGGAAUUACAGGAUCGCGAAGUGUACAGCAGCUAAGUGCGCUUUGAAGCAUCUGAAAAGGAUACAGAGCUAUCCGAGAGAGAAACUGUGACAAUGUUUAACGAAAGCUUUAACGAAGUGAAAAAACGGGAUAAUGCAACUAAUCUUUUAUUGUCAAAAAAAUUGUUGGCGUAUAUAUAUAUAUAUGUAUGUAUAUAUAUAUAUAUAUAUAUAUAUAUAUAUAUAUAUAUAUAUAUAUAUAUAUAUAUAUACACACAUAUAUAUACAUAUAUUUCAAGAUUAUUGUGUUCAUGAGCGUACUUAUAAAUUUACAAUGUUAAAAAGUAGUCUCUUUAUCUGAGUAUACAACAUUGUAUCAGUACAAAAUUAUGAUUUUAGAUAAACGUGAGUUUUAGUGAAAAGACCUGCUCUUUAUUCGAGCUUAAUUGUGCUAACAGUUGAUGGAAUGUAUUGAAUACAGUGAAUAUGGAGAAUAUGGAGUAUGAGUGAGCAAACAAUCGAUAUAUAUAUAUAUAUAUAUAUAUAUAUAUAUAUAUAUAUAUAUAUAUAUGUAUUAAAGCGUUUUUACUACAGAAUAUACAAUGGGAGUAUCAUAUUUUCGGUAAUCGAUUGAUUAUUAAUAUUAAAUUUUAAAAUCUAUUCUCUUAUUAACUUAUUUCAUUAAUAUGCUGCAAUAUAAGAAUAAAUAUCAUUUUAUUGUUUAUAUUUUAAUUAUAAUCUUCGAUUUAUUGAUGUGUAUUAUAUAGCUAUAUCAAAAAACUCUAGUCAUACUAGCGCUGUUGAUUGUUUUUUAUAUAUGCUGUAGCUGCUAGGUGUGUGUGUGUGUGUGUGUGUGUGUAUAUACAUAUAUAUAUGUGACGGAAAAACAAAAGAAUACACACAGAUGACGCACAAUGUAGCGGCAAAUUCAGGACCACUUUAUUGAUUUUUAUGUUAAAAAUUAUAUAAAAAGCAACUAUGGCAGCUCAAAGUUCGAUGUAGUUAAAUAUUACAAAAUAAUAAUGUGAACGCGAAUAAUAUUUACAAAAUGACAAAUUGUAGUAUCCUAGUUCUCCCUUCUACCGUAAUACAGAUUAUCGCUCGCAAAAUAAGCUCAUUAAGAAUCCUGUAACUAUUAUCGUCAAUUUUAUAAGAAAAUUGCGAAGAACAAAUAAAAUUUUUUUGUAAAGCAUAA